UAGGCCGAGGCCCAAGCCCAAAUUAGAACAAAUCUUCGGCUAACUGUCGAGAUUCGAAGGAGGAAGCCGAAUGAUCACCAUUAUCGUUCAAGUCGUUUUGGUGCAGACCGGAGACUUUGCAAGCAACGAAGGCAUCUGCAUUACAAGAGAUGGCAACCACAGCCUGUUUUAUCAUAGUGAGCAGGAACGAUAUCCCUAUAUAUGAAGCUGAAGUUGGAUCUGCCACUAAAAGAGAAGAUGCUGCUCAGCUGCAUCAAUUUGUAUUGCAUGCAGCUCUGGAUAUUGUUCAGGACCUGGCAUGGACCACUAGUGCCAUGUUCUUGAAAGCGAUUGACAACUUUAAUGAUCUGGCGGUAUCAGUUUAUGUUACAGCUGGUAAUACACGAUUUAUGCUACUUCACAAUCCUCACAAUGAUGAUGGAAUCAAGAGCUUUUUUCAGGAGGUUCAUGAGCUAUAUAUAAAGAUUCUUCUUAAUCCCCUCUACUUACCUGGUUCUCGCAUUACUUCAUCCCAUUUUGACACUAAAGUUCGCGCCCUUGCAAGAAAAUAUCUCUAGAUGCAGUUGAUAUGGGUGGAUAGUCUCCGAUCGGUGGAAAUGAAGCUAGAGAGGACCUGAAAUGCAGCCCCAGUUUUUGAUGAUUUGUAAAUCUUUUUAAUCAAUUCAAAGGCACCAAGUGAGUAUUAUUAUUGAGGAUGACAAAGAUGGGCGCAGUUUGCUUCUUGUAUAUCAGAUACAUUCAAUUGGGUGAAAGCAAGAAAGCACUAGCUUGAAAAAUUAGAAUUAAUGUGGAUUUCGUUCAUUGAUUGCUUUGCUAUCAACAAUGUGCAGGAAUUGUAGAGGGAUUGAGUGCUAUGAUGUGCCAAUAUUGUCUUUUCUUAUUAUGUGGGUAAAUGGAAAUGCAGCUUGGAUUCUUCUUAAGUAGAGACAUAAGAUGUAUGGUGCCACCUAUCUAUUGAAUACAUAAAUUUCAUUUGUUACUC